AAGCAGACGUGAUGUGGAUUGAUUCGCUCCUCUGACAAGUGUUGAUUUCUGCUUGUGCACUCUGUGCUGUUUGUUUCGUUUCUUGGAGGGAGGAUCUAGUGCAAGUUUCGAGUUUCUGAUUACCAUAACAGGGUUCAUGGUUUUAUAGGGACGAUUUUUUAAACAGAAAAAAGUCUGUAUCCUCUUGCAAUUUCUUUAUAAAGUACAUGUAAGUGAAACGUCUCGUACUCAACACUUCGGAAAAAAAUUCUUCAGUUCAGUUUUAACAAAAUCUCACUUUAAAAAGAGAAAGGAGGAACAUAAUAAACUGCCAACACGCUCAUCGAGAAAAUAAAAUUAUUCGCUCCAGAGAAAAGACUGAAUAAUAAUAGGCUUGAAAGAGAACGAACCGGCUUCUAAGAUUGUAUCAUCGAGAGCAGAGAAGGAAAUUGUGAUAAUGUGCUUUCUGCCGAUGAUUCUCCAUCAACGACAUUCCUAGCUGUCCACGAAAUAAUCGUGCGGAUGUAUGUGUAGAACAAGAUUUCUCCGGGAUUAACAAGCAGCCAGAUUGUCCUGGCCUUCAUUCCAGAAGUGGUCAGUCAACCCAACAGGCAGGCUGGAAAAUGUCUCGCUCUACGCAUGGGUGGACCAACAAACUACCAGCCAUACCCCUGGCCUCUGUAUUGACAGGACUGGCUAUAGUAGCUGUACUGGUUCCGGGUCAAGCGGAGAAAUGGAGCUGAACUCGUUGAAGUAAAAGACAAAGCAACCAACGAUUUUGCAGGCACUCUUGCCGGAGCCCAAGGCGUCUCCAGUUAUUGGAUAGGGCUAAACACUAUUGGUCAGAAUGAACUAGGCUUAGACACCAGAGCCUAUUGGAGUGGUGGUGAGGAGUGGUUCCUGUCUCAAGGCUUUUGGUCGGAUGGUCAACCGGACACAGGAGACUGCGUCCUUGUGUCUCGUCUCGGCACACGAUACCGCUGGUCGAGAGGAACCUGUGAGCAAAAGAGGGACUUUGUGUGUCAGUUCGAGGCGUGUGAUGUGG